UUUGUAUAUUUUCCCACUCAAUAAUUUGGAGAUUCAAAUGCAAUACGCAGAACCCGCAUUCUGAACUGUAAGUAAAUCACCUUCGAUUAUCAAUGCCUGGGACGUGAAGCAAGUUCAAAUCACAUUGCAUGGAAACAACAACACUGACGAUGACUCGGUUAGUGUUCAGAACAACACCAUCAACCGCACGUCGCAAACGUGCUUAUUCCACAUGGCAGACCAAUACCGCGAACCUUACGAGCAUGUUCGGCAAAUACGUGGACAAAACCAGCGUCUCUAGCUGGAACACCGUCAUCGCUGACCUCGCUCGAAGCGGCGAUUUCAUGGAAGCUCUCAGCGCAUUUUCCUCCAUGCGCAAGCUCUCUCUACAUCCCAACCGCUCCACCUUCCCAUGUGCCAUCAAGGCCUGUGCCGCACUCUCCGACCUCCGCGCCGGCGUGCAGAUCCACCAGCAGGCGUUCGCAUUUGGGUUCGGCCACGACCUCUUCGUCUCCGCCGCGCUCGUCGACAUGUACUCCAAAUGCGGCUUCCCUGACCUCGCGCGCUACCUUUUCGACGAAAUUCCCAGCCGAAACGUCGUUUCGUGGACAUCCAUGAUUGCAGGCUACAUCCGAAACGACCGCGCCCAGGAAGCCGUUUGCCUCUUUAAGGAGUUGUUGGCGGAGGACAGUGGGAGUGCGGAAUCUGAGUAUGAGGCUUUCGUGGAUUCCAUGCUUGUGGGGUGUGUUCUUUCGGCGUGUUCGCGGGUGGGGUGGAGGAGUGCGACUGAAGGGGUUCAUGGGUUGGUGGUCAAGAGGGGGUUUGAGGGGUGUGUGGGUGUUGGGAAUACUUUGAUGGAUGCUUAUGCCAAGUGUGGAGAAAUGGGGGUGGCGAGGAAAGUGUUUGAUGGAAUGCAUGAGAGUGAUGUCUGCUCUUGGAACUCUAUAAUUUCUCAGUAUGCGCAGAAUGGGUUGUCAGCUGAGGCUUUCUGUGUUUUUGCUGACAUGGUGAAGAGUGGCAAUGUUAAAUAUAACGAGGUGACAUUGUCUGCGGUGUUGUUGGCCUGCGCGAAUUCAGGAGCUUUGCAGCUGGGAAAGUGCAUACAUGACCAGGUUAUAAAGAUGGAUAUGGAGGAUAGUGUGGUUGUAGGUACAUCUAUAGUGGAUAUGUACUGCAAAUGUGGGAGAGUUGAGAUGGCUAGGAAGGCAUUUGACCGCAUGAACAUGAAGAAUGUUAAGUCAUGGACUGCUAUGGUUGCUGGUUACGGAAUGCAUGGCCGUGCAAAAGAGGCAAUGGAAGUCUUCUACGAGAUGAUAAGGUCUGGAGACAAGCCGAAUUACAUUACUUUUGUGUCAGUUUUAGCUGCAUGCAGCCAUGCUGGUUUGUUAAAAGAAGGCCGGCAUUGGUUUAAUAGAAUGAAAAGUGAAUUUAAUGUUGAACCGGGUAUUGAGCACUAUUCUUGCAUGGUUGAUCUCCUCGGGCGUGCUGGCUAUCUUAAUGAGGCUUAUCGUUUGAUCCUGGAAAUGAAGGUGAAACCUGAUUUUAUAAUCUGGGGUUCCCUUCUUGGGGCUUGUAGGAUUCAUAAAAAUGUGGAACUUGGGGAGAUCUCUGCUAAAAAACUAUUUCAGUUAGAUCCAAGUAGUUGUGGGUACUAUGUUCUACUCUCUAAUAUUUAUGCUGAUGCUGGAAGGUGGGAUGAAGUUGAGAGGAUGAGGAUAUUGAUGAAGAGUCGUGGGUUGCUUAAAACCCCUGGAUAUAGUAUAGUAGAGCUCAAGGGUAGGGUACAUGUAUUCUUAGUUGGAGACAAAGAACAUCCUCAACAUGAGAAGAUUUAUGAGUACCUAGACAAAUUAAAUGUCAAGCUGCAAGCACUUGGGUAUAUGCCAAAUUUGACCUCAGUUCUUCAUGAUGUUGAUGAGGAAGAGAAAGGAAUGGUUCUAAGAGUUCAUAGUGAGAAACUAGCAGUUUGCUUUGGAAUCAUGAAUUCAGUUCCUGGGUCAGUGAUCCAUAUCAUAAAAAAUCUUAGAAUUUGUGGUGACUGCCACAUUGCAAUUAAAUUUAUUUCCAAAGCAGUAAAUCGAGAAAUUGUUGUCAGAGAUUCUAAGCGGUUUCAUCAUUUUAAGGAUGGUAUGUGUUCAUGUGGGGACUACUGGUGACAGCAAUUGAAAUAGUGGUAGCCAAAAUCUAUGGUGUAGGUUGUGCAUUAUUUAUUCAUCUUACUAGCCAGACAUGGAGCUAUGAAAGUGCAUAUCUAUCUUAAAUACACUGUUUAAUUUGA